AAUAAUUCUUAUAUCAAAUAAUAACCUUUGAAACAAAGUCUAUAAAAUUGUCAUAUUUUCACGAUGAUUAAUUCCAUCUCCAUCACUUGUGCGUACCUGAAGAACCACACCGUUUCCUUAUAACAAAUAACCAUCAAAUCAAUUAAUCUCAUCUUAUCUCAUUUGAUGGCAACAAAUAUUGUUCCAAGCACUGAUCCAACUACUAAUAUUCCAACUCAUACAAAAGCUUGGUUCUACUCUGAACAUGGUAAACCAACAGAUAUUCUUAAAUUGCAUCCUAAUUGGUCUAUACCACAACUCAAAGAUAAUCAAGUCCUCAUCAAAGUUGUAGCUGUUUCCCUUAAUCCUGUUGAUUACAAAAGGAUGCAUGCCUUGUUCAAAGACACCGACCCUCAUCUACCUAUUGUUCCAGGAUUUGAUGUUAGUGGCAUAGUGGUGAAAGUGGGAUUUAAAGUGGUGAAAUUUAAGGUUGGAGAUGAAGUAUAUGGUGACAUCAAUGAAGAAGGUCUUUCAAACUUAAAGAUUCUUGGUACUUUGUCAGAGUAUACUAUUGCUGAAGAGAGAUUAUUAGCUCAUAAGCCAAACAAUCUAAGUUUCAUUGAAGCUGCUAGCAUUCCUUUAGCCAUUGAGACUGCUUAUGAAGGACUUGAGAGAGCUCAACUUUCACCUGGAAAAUCUAUCCUUGUUUUGGGAGGAGCUGGUGGAGUUGGAAGCUUUGCAAUUCAGCUUGCUAAGCAUGUGUAUGGUGCAUCUGAGAUAGCUGCAACUUCUAGCACUGGAAAACUCCACCUUUUGAGGGAGUUGGGAGUUGACUUGCCUAUUGAUUACACAAAGGACAACUUUGAAGAUCUUCCACAAAAGUUUGAUGUAGUGUACGAUACAGUAGGAGAAGUUGAUAGGGCUAUGAAGGCCAUUAAGGAGGGUGGCAAAGUUGUGACAAUAGUACCUCCUGGAUUUCCACCAGCUCUAUUUUUUGUGCUGACUUCUAAAGGAUCUAUCUUAGAGAAGUUAAGACCUUACUUUGAAAGUGGUCAAUUGAAGCCAAUUCUUGACCCAAAGACUCCAAUACCAUUUUCUGAGGUCAUUGAAGCAUAUUCCUACUUGGAAACCUCAAGAGCCACUGGAAAAGUUGUCAUUUAUCCCAUUCCUUGAAAUCCAUUUUCUAGGCAUGAAAAUAAGACAUCAUAAGAACUUGUUUUCAACAAGUCAUCACUCUUUUGUUUCAACAAAUAUGAUCAAGACCAUUUUAUAUAUUUGAAUUUCCACAUCUAAUGCAAACUUUCCCUAGGGAGUUGAAUAUGUGAGUGAGUGUGAUUUAUGUUAUCAUAUAUACUUGUGAGAUUUUUGGUACCUUGGACGAACUAAAAUAAUGAUACACUCCUAGUUAUUGGAAUGAUA